AUGGAGGUCGACGAGGAAGAUUCAAGAAAAGGUGGCGAACCAGGAAGCGAGUCGGCUGCGACCGUCCAAAAGAAUGGGCUGGAGAAGAAUACAAGCUCAGAGUUGCUUGAUCGGACAGAAGAAGCUCAGCCAGUUCUCGUAAGGCCAUCUAGUCCGCACUCUAUCCUUCACCCACAACCAUCAUCUCCAAUGCCUCCAAAGUCCCCCGACACCUCUUCCCGUGCACUCAAUGUUACCGAUGCGCUAUCCUAUCUUGACGCCGUCAAGACUGAGUUUCAUAACCAGCCAGAGGUCUAUAAUAGGUUUCUCGACAUCAUGAAAGAUUUCAAGAGCCAAGUAAUCGACACACCUGGCGUCAUUCAGCGCGUUUCGCAACUUUUUCAGGGGAACCGUAUGCUCAUCCAAGGCUUCAACACCUUCUUGCCCAACGGCUAUCGUAUUGACGUCUCCCGUAACACAGAAGAGCCUUACACCAUAACUGUCACAACCCCACAAGGAACCCAAACAACUAACUCGAACUUUGUGGCCAGACGCGAGCCUACCCACUUUGCCCCCACACCUACCCUUCCUCCCAUUGCCGGGUCGUCGUCGCGGUCACGCACUCCCACCUACCAUCACCAAUCUCAAUUCGAACAUCCCGCUCCCCAGCUCCUGCCACCAGUCAAUGUUACAGCAUAUCCGCCUGCACAUAGCAGGACGUCUGAGAAAGCACAGCAGCCUCCGGGAGAAUUCAACCAUGCCAUGCAGUAUUUGAAUAAAAUAAAGGCUCGCUAUGCGGAUGACCCCGGCACUUACAAACAAUUCCUCGAUAUUCUUCAGCAAUACCAGAAAGAACAAAAGCAUCUACAUGAGUCCCAAGUUCACGUCCAGGUUCAGCAUCUGUUCAAGGAUGCGCCUGACCUUUUAGGUGAAUUCAAGGCUUUUUUACCGGAAAUCAGUGCCGGGCAAAACAUGGUUGUAUUCCCUCAACCGCCCUCUUUAUGGCCGCAGCCCGAUGUUCCAGAGAGAUCUAAGAAGUCUACGCAACCUCCUGCAAAGCGAAAAAAGAAAGCGGAGAAAGAUACUACUCCAGUCCCCCCAGCUAAGCCAGCUGCUCGACCAACGAAGAAAGCGAAGCACCACCACAAACCAGAGCCAGGCUCCCCUUCAUCUUUGACAUACGUUGGCCAUUCUCCCCCGCCCACUCAUAUGCCACCGCCAGCCAUGUCGCAACAACAAAUCCAACAACAGCCGCUACCUGCUGGUACCGACAAGCUGCUUUUCUUCGAUCGCGCUAAGAAAACAUUGGAGAAUCGCCAGAUGUACGACGAUUUCUUGAAACUUCUCAGUCUAUUCUCGAAGGAGGUGAUUGAUAUGAAGACUCUCAUUGCCCGGACUCAAGACGCAUUCUUGGGUGAUGGAGAGUUGAUGGACGAGUUCAAGGAACUUGUUGGGUGGGACGACCAGACCGAGGAAAAGGGCCCGCCUGGCAGCGUGCGAACCGGCCCGCCAGAGGCCUUAUCAGCUUUACCGAUGGGUGAUGGGGAAGGUCCGAGUUAUCGGAGACUACCAGAUAGCGAAGCCCGUCUCGCUUGUUCAGGGCGGGAUGAACUUUGUCGCUCAGUCCUGAAUGAUGAAUGGGUUUCACAUCCAACCUGGGCCUCGGAGGAUGCAGGAUUUGUUUCGCACAAGAAAAACUCAUUCGAAGAAGCUCUCCACAAGAGCGAAGACGAACGCCAUGAAUUUCACGUGCAGAUCACUGCCCUCGGUCGCACCAUCGCCCACUUUGAGCCACUUGCGCUUCGUAUUGAUGAAAUGUCAGGGGAUGAACGCGCCUCUUUUCGUCUCAAAUCAGAUUUUGGUGGGUCGGGGAAAUACUUAUAUCAUCGCAUUAUCAAGAAAAUCUACGGUCGUGAUGGCGGUAACGAAAUCAUAUCGGCGCUCCAAGACCAACCAGCUGUCACGGUUCCUCUUGUCCUUAUGCGGUUGAAACAGAAGGACGAGGAAUGGCGGCGGGCACAACGUGAAUGGUCUCGAACAUGGCGGGAGGUCGAUGCCAAAAACUUUUACAAGAGCCUCGACCACCAAGGAAUCAAUUUCAAGCAAAACGACAAGAAGAAUAUCACUGCUAAAUAUUUCGUCGCAGACAUCGAAGCCCAGAAAAGCUCACAAGAUCAAGGGUGGUCUGGCCCCAGCCCUGCCCCUCCCCAACUCGAGUUCACCUUUGCCGACAUCUCCGUUUUACACGAUGCCCUCAAGAUGGUUUAUUCGUUUUUAGACCACGCCGGUGCCCAGUAUAGUGCUCUCGAACGUCGUGGAAUGGAAACUUGGCUACGGAGAUUCGUACCAUUGCUCUGCCAGUUCCCUGCUGUUGAGUUUAAUGCAGCUUGUGGGCCCAUCGAAGGCAUGGUACCUGAUGACCCAGUUGAACCCCCGCGAAGUGGUCGCCGGUCUACUGGAAGCGCUUAUUCAGCCUCCAUUGGCGGCGUUCAUGCAGGUGAUCUGCGCAAGAAACUCCUCAAGACGGCUCAGGAAAAGAACGACCUGGCCGCUGUAUCCAGAGCCGAAUCGCCAGUGCCUCCAGACGACACCGAGACCUGGAUCAAAGAAACAACUCAUCUUGUCCCGGAACCAGUGAACGGACACUCUGUCUCUUCCAAAAGACCUUUCUUUGCGAACACUACGUUUUAUACGUUAUUCAGGCUACUUCAGUUGCUCUAUUCACGGCUCGAAAGUUGUAAGAUAAUUGGUGCAAGGCUGGCUGAUGAGCAGCAUAUGUCACUUCUGGCCAAUCCAGUCGCUGCCGCACUUGGACUGGACGAUCCUGCAGGGCCGCCUGUUGUUUUGGCCCAGACUGUUUUGCCAUUAGCCGCCAGCUUGCCUCCAGGCAGUUCUCAACCCGCGAAUGUUGUCUAUAUGUACCUUUUGCACGCUUGCGAAAAGGUAUUUGACAACGAUUUGGACCAACUCACCUUCGAAGAGCACAUGCGAUGGUUCUUCGGGGAAAAGGCAUAUCACCUCUUUACCUUGGACAAGGUAAUUGCCGCAUUGGUAAAACAAGUUCAACAAAUCAUUGGGGACAACAAGUGUCAAGAGUUGUGGACAUCACUGCAGAACGUGAAUGCUGUCGUAGCCGAUGGAAUUCCUAUGACCGAUACAGACAUCGUAAGGUAUCGAAGGGAGGCAGAACGCUACGUUGGCCAGGAUGACCACUUAUAUCGGAUGGAAUGGGUCCGCGAAACCAAGACUAUGCGUGUGUUCUUGGUCAGCAACGACGACCCCAGUGUCAAUGGUGGUGACAGGUGGCGAGAGUAUGUUUCGACCUAUGUUAUGCGUCACCCCACGGAAUGGAUACCGCUCCCACCGUCCGCAGAAGAAGAUGACGACCGAAUACCACCAACCACCAGUUUGUUCCUGAAGCGGACACGAAGCACUAGAGACGUAGAUCGUGCAACCCUAGUCGGAGAGUCGAUGUGUGUUCGGAUUCAGCAUCCAACUUACAAGAUUGUGUAUGAGGCUGGCACGGAAGAUGUCAUCUGGUCUUCAAGAGUCAGAGUGGAGUCACGUGUCAAUGUUGCGAUGGAGCGUAGAAGACAACUAUUAGCUGAGCGUUUUGCGUAG